GUAACGGACGGAAAGAGACAGAAAUAUUUGAACAGGACAAUGAGUAACUCACAUUUGAAGAAGACAUUUUAUUUAACUGCUGUCAGUGUAAUUGUAUCAGUGAUCGCCCUUUCCGAUGUGAAUCAAAACUGCAUGGCAAAGAACAAUGGCACCAUGCCAAAUGAAUUUCUAAUAGGAACUUGGUACUUAGUGUAUCAAUUCGAUCACAUUGGUCCGAUUCCAACUUGCACUUGUCCUAACGUCACCUUCACAAGACCAACAGAAGAAGAACUUAGAGGAUACAGAGAAAAAUAUGGUAGAUAUGAUCUACCACAGAAUAUUACUGAAGAUUCACUCGUUGCUGAUAAAGGAUACAUUAAAGGUUUGCUACUUGGAGGACUAGAAACAAAGACGUAUAUAAUUGACCCCAAAUCUGUGAUGGUCGGUGGUCCUGAAGGGUAUGAAGUAAUGGUGUACAGACGUAUCAAUGAAAAAUUUGCGUUCUUCUGGCGCUGUGCCAUGAGAGGUCACGUGCGAUGGCUGAUGACAAAUGACAGGAACGCCACUGAUGAAGAGAUGCAGCUUGCCAUUAAAGGUAGACGUGAAGUAUUCAACAAGCAAAUUCGGAAAUAUUGUUAUGAUAUCUGUUACUGAUAAAUACAUAUUCCU